UAUCUAUCCAUCGAUGAAGAUGAGGGGGGCAACGAAAGCCAUAAUUUGCUUUCUUAGCUCCGCCAUUUUCGCCGUGCUUGAUCUGUUGGACUGUGCUCUCUGUAUCUUCUACCGCUUUCUGGAUUCAGUUCUCGAAGCGAAUCCGAUUCCUUGUCAUUGCAGGAGCGGUGGAGAAGAAGCAGGGCAUAAGAUUUCUGAGACUUUGUAUGAAAGGAGAAACAUAUUUAGAGAUCAGAUAUUGGGCUUCGUUUCAGAGAAGGGAUUAGGAGAUGAUGAGGAAAAGGAGGGGAAGAAGAAAGGUGGAAGGAGAUCUCCUCGGUGGUCAGAUUGUAGCUGUGAGAGCUGUGUUUCAUGGCAAAAUUCGCCGGAGAAGGAGAAGGAGACUCUUCAUUUGGUUAUCAAAGAACCAAAACGAGCAGAAACGAGCCAAGAUGGUAGCUUUCAAACGGAGAAUGUGAUUUUCUUGCACGGAUUUCUAUCAUCUUCGUCUAUUUGGGUGGAGACUGUAUUUCCAAAUUUAUCAGACGAUGCAGUUCAGAGAGUUAAAAUGUUCGCUGUGGAUCUUCUUGGCUUUGGUAAAAGUCCAAAACCAGAGAAUUGUUUGUAUAGAAUCGAAGACCACUUGGAGAAGAUAGAGAGAACAGUAAUUAAACAGUUUGGAUUGACUAGUUUUCACUUAGUUUCACAUUCCAUGGGCUGCAUCCUUGCACUUGCAUUAGCUGCCAAGUAUCCCAACUCUGUGAAGUCCAUUACUCUUAUUGCUCCUCCAUACUUUCCUUCAAUUGAAGCUGAAGCUAGCCACAAUGCUCUGAAUAGACUGGCUGAAAGGAAAAUUUGGCCUCCUUCAGCAUUCUUCUCUUCAGUUAUGUCUUGGUAUGAACACUUGGGAAGAACUAUUUGCUUCAUCAUUUGCAGAAAUCAUUUGAUAUGGGAAUGGAUAAUUAAACUACUAACAGGGAAAAAGCAUCUGGCAUUCCAAAUCAGGGAUAUAACAAGGCACACUCACCGUUCUGGCUGGCAUACAAUGCAUGAGGUGUUAUGCCGGGGGGCUAAAUUCAUGGAUAAUUACUUGAGAACUAUACAAGAAGAAGGUAUUUUUAUGAAGAUGAUUCAUGGCGACAAAGACCAGACGGUUCCAUUGGAAUGCAGCUAUAACAUCAAGCUUAGAGUUCCUAAAGCAGAGCUCCAAAUCAUAAAAAAUGCAGAUCAUUCUUCUGUAAUCAUCAAAAGAAAGAAGGAGUUCACUAUGGCUCUUGAAAAAUCUUGGUUAUUAAAUCUAUCUAUUGAUGAUUAAAAGAUGCAUCUUGUCGUAUUCCUUGCUCUCCAACUUUAGAAGAAAAGCUUUGAAACGCUUACAUAUUUUAGUAGAAGAAAGUCAGAACUACUAUCUCUGAAGUACUGAGAGUCGCUGUAACGAAUAUGAAUAGAGGAAUAUAAAUACACUCGCUUUACAA